AUGACAACAUCCCUUUCUAAUGAACGUAAACCUCUGGAACCGCACAGGACGCCAUCCAUGAGUAUGCCACAGGACCUACCACUUGAGAUCCAAGAGGAAAUAUCACAUUUAUAUCAGGAUGUCCCAGCUUUAAAGAAUAAUUAUAAUAUUAUAGAUAAAAUUGGAGAGGGUACAUUUUCCUCCGUGUACAAAGCUCAGGAUCUGAAAGGUAAGGUUACCUCAAAGUAUGCAUCACAUUUCUGGAAAUCACCUAAAUAUGUAGCAUUGAAAAAAAUUUACGUCACCUCAUCACCUCAAAGAAUUUACAAUGAAUUAAAUUUACUAUAUAUACUCACGGGCUCGAGUAAAGUGGCUCCCCUGUGUGAUGCUAUGAGGAUGAGAGAUCAAGUUAUUGCUAUAUUACCAUAUUAUCCGCAUGAUGAGUUUAGAACGUUUUAUAGAGAUUUGCCGAUUAAAGGUAUAAAGAUGUACAUUUGGGAAUUACUUCAAGCAUUAAAUUUUGUACAUUCUAAGGGGAUCAUCCAUAGAGAUGUGAAGCCAACAAAUUUUUUAUUUAAUCCUGAAUUAGGGAGAGGUGUCCUGGUAGAUUUUGGGUUAGCGGAAAUACAAUCAGAUUUUUCAAAGAAUGAUUACUCGAAGGUGUUUCAAAAUCAAUAUACCGGUAAAGAUGAAAUUGCCGCCGAAUUCAAUGCUAUAAAGGAAUUAAGGAAUAAUGAACAAUUUUGUCCCUGUGUUUUAAGAAGCAAUAACUCAGUAACGUCAUCAUCCUCUUCGUCUGGACGUAGUGGUUCCUCCAGUCAGCAUAAUCCUUACGGGCCCAUGAUAACUAUUCAAAACGGUAAAUUAGUCCAUGUAAACAAUAUGAAUGGAAUGGACCUAUCUAAGGGAUACCCGAAAAACGAAGCACGUAGAGUGAAGAGGGCUAAUAGGGCAGGUACUCGUGGAUUUAGAGCACCGGAGGUAUUAAUGAAGUGUGGUUCACAGACAACAAAGAUUGAUAUAUGGUCUGUCGGUGUUAUACUCUUAAGUUUUCUUGCUAGAAGAUUUCCAAUGUUCCAAAGUUUGGAUGAUACUGAUUCAUUAUUGGAAUUAUGUGCUAUAUUUGGUUGGAGGACCAUUAAACAAUGUGCUGCUAUUCAUGGAUUAGGAUUUGAUGUUAGCGGUUUAACAAUGAUGACAGAAAAUGGAUAUAAAGAUGGAUUGAAAGAAUUUGUUUAUGAAUUGCUUAAUAAAGAAUGUUCAGUAGGUACUUUCCCUGAAUAUAGUGUUGCUUUUGAAACUUUUGGUUACUUAACUCAAGACUUUGCAGAAAGUCGAACUGCCAUUGAACCACGUUUACCUGGCGGUAGUAGGAAUGAUCUCACAACUUUGGAGGAAAAUGAAUUGAAAAAAUAUCAUGAAGAAAUUUGGACUGAUCAUUAUUGGUGUUUCCAGGUUUUGGAGCAAUGCUUUGAAAUGGAUCCAUUGAAGAGAUCAUCCGCUGAGGAGUUGCUCCAUAGUCAAUUUUUCAGUGAAUUGAAUGAUAAUGGUGAUGAAACAGAUCUUGAAGAUACAGAUGAUGAUUUCACAAAUGGAGCAUCUCAAGAUGACGUUAUCAGCUCAAGCCAAGGAGAUGCAGUCGAUGAUGAUGUUUUGCUGAUAUCAGAUAAAUAA